AUAGAAGUUCAAAUUGAAAUUGCAGGUAAUCAGUUUGUACUGGAAAACAUGGCAGAUGCUGCAGCUAGACAAUUACAAUACGAGUACAAAGCAAAUUCUAAUCUUGUUUUGCAAGCUGAUGUUCGAUUAAUAGAAAGACGAAGUAGAGAUGAAGCUACAGGUGAAGUUAUGUCUCUUGUGGGUAAACUUGAUGGAACGAGAAUGGGUGAUAGAGCACAAAGAACAAAACCAGGAAAAGCAGAAGAAAGAAAAGUAAAACGACAAAAGCGAGAUGAAGCUCAAUAUGACUUUACACAUAGUAAGGGAGCAACCGUUCUGUCUGAAAGUAUUGAUGAAAUGGUUGGUAUUAUAUAUAGACCCAAAACUCAAGAAACACGUCAAACAUAUGAAAUUUUACUAAGUUUUAUUCAAGAAGCUAUUGGUGACCAACCACGUGAUAUACUUUGUGGUGCAGCAGAUGAAGUUUUAUCAGUUUUAAAAAAUGAUAAACUGAAAGAAAAAGAAAAAAAGAGAGAAACAGAACAACUUCUCGGAAGUUUAGCUGAAGAAAGAUUUGCAUUGUUAGUUAAUUUGGGAAAAAAAAUAACAGAUUUCGGUAAUGAUGAGAAAAGUGGUACAGGUGAAGAAAAUAUUGAUGAAACUUAUGGAAUUAACGUACAGUUUGAAGAAAGUAGUGAAGAAGAUGAUGAAGAUGUGUAUGGUGAAGUUAGAGAGAAUGAAGAUGAAGUAGAUGAAGGUGAAGAAGCAAAUGAUGAUAGAGCUAUUCAUGCAGAAAAUUUAGGUAGAGCAGAAGAAAUGAAAAAAGAAAAAACCUUGCAUCCAAGAGAUAUUGAUGCUUAUUGGCUUCAAAGGCAAUUGAAGGCAAUAUAUAAUGAUGCAAUGAUUUCACAUGCUAAAGCAGGAGAUGUCCUAGAUGUACUGAAAAGUGCUGCAGAUGAUCGUGACUGUGAAAAUCAGCUUGUACUAUUACUUGGUUAUGAUUGUUUUGAUUUUAUUAAACAAUUGAAAAAGUACAGACAUAUGAUUGCUUACUGUACAAUGUUGGCAUCGUCUCAAUCGGAGUCGGAACGUUCAAAAAUUCGGAAGAAAAUGAGUGAGGAUCCAAGUCUUACAAAAAUACUCCAUCAACUUGAAACUGGUAAAGGUGAUGUUGAUAAUGAUGAAACUAUGGAAGCUAGAGCUCAACGUAAACGACGAGAAGAAAAUGAAGAUACAGGAGGCCCUGGUGGGUUGGUACAAGGAACAAGAAAUAUUAUUGAUCUAGAAGAUAUUGCAUUUGCACAAGGAAGCCACUUUAUGCCGAAUAAACGAUGUCAUUUACCAGAUGGUAGUUUUAGGAAACAACGUAAAGGAUAUGAAGAAGUUCAUGUACCUGCUUUAAAACCAAAACCAUUUUCUGAAAAUGAAAAACUUAUAUCCAUAACAGAUCUUCCUAAGUUUGUCCAACCAGCUUUCGAAGGUUUUAAGACUCUGAAUCGUAUUCAAAGUCGUUUACAAAAAUGUGCUUUGGAAGAAGAUGAAAAUCUUUUAUUAUGUGCCCCUACAGGAGCUGGUAAAACAAAUGUUGCUUUAUUGUGUAUAAUGCGUGAAAUUGGCAAGCAUGUAAAUCCUGAUGGUACUAUUAACGCUGACGAUUUUAAAGUUAUUUAUGUAGCACCAAUGCGUUCUCUUGUACAAGAAAUGGUUGGUAAUUUUGGAAAGAGACUUACAUCAUACAACUUAACAGUUUCGGAAUUGACAGGUGAUCAUCAGUUAACUAGAGAACAAAUAGCUGCAACUCAGGUGAUAGUUUGUACUCCAGAAAAAUGGGAUAUUAUUACGAGAAAAGGAGGCGAAAAAACAUUUACUUCUCUCGUGAGAUUAAUCAUUAUUGAUGAGAUACAUUUACUUCAUGACGAACGAGGUCCAGUUCUCGAAUCAUUAGUAGCAAGAACACUUCGAAAUAUUGAAACAACACAAGAAGAGGUCAGAUUAGUUGGCUUAUCAGCUACUUUGCCGAAUUACCAGGAUGUAGCAACGUUUUUACGAAUUAAACCUGAAAGUGGCCUCUAUUAUUUUGAUAAUAGUUUCAGGCCUGUAGCAUUGGAGCAACAGUACAUUGGUGUGACCGAGAAAAAGGCACUUAAACGAUUCCAGGUUAUGAAUGAGGUUGUAUAUGAAAAAACAAUGGAUCAUGCAGGUAAAAAUCAGAUUUUAAUAUUUGUACAUUCAAGAAAAGAGACUGGAAAAACGGCUCGCGCCAUCAGAGAUAUGUGUCUUGAAAAAGAUAGUUUAGGACAGUUUCUCAGAGAAGGAUCAGCAUCAAUGGAAGUUUUAAGAACUGAAGCUGAACAAGUAAAGAAUAUGGAACUAAAGGAUUUACUGCCAUAUGGUUUUGCAAUUCAUCAUGCAGGAAUGACAAGAGUUGACCGUACUUUGGUGGAGGAUCUUUUUGCGGAUAGACACAUACAGGUGUUAAUUUCUACAGCCACUCUAGCAUGGGGUGUCAAUCUACCAGCACAUACAGUCAUUAUUAAAGGAACACAAAUUUACAAUCCAGAAAAAGGACGAUGGGUCGAAUUAGGAGCUUUAGAUGUUUUGCAAAUGCUAGGUCGAGCUGGUCGCCCUCAAUAUGAUACAAAAGGAGAAGGUAUUCUUAUAACGAAUCAUAGUGAGCUUCAAUACUACCUUUCAUUGCUCAAUCAGCAGCUACCAAUAGAAUCCCAACUUAUUAGUAAGAUGUCAGAUAUGAUGAAUGCGGAAGUGGUCCUUGGAACAAUUCAAAAUGUUCGUGAUGCGGUCACUUGGCUAGGUUAUACGUAUCUUUAUAUUAGAAUGCUCCGUUGUCCUAGUCUAUAUGGAAUUACCUAUGAAAAGUUGCGGGAAGAUCCUCUGUUAGAACUACAUCGUGCAGAUUUGGUACAUUCAGCUGCUAUAGCCUUAGAUCGCAGUGGCCUUAUAAAAUAUGACCGCAAAUCUGGUAAUUUUCAAGCUACAGAAUUGGGAAGAAUCGCCUCCCAUUAUUAUUGCACACAUGAUACGAUUGCUACCUACAAUCAGUUAUUGAAACGAACUCUCAGUGAAAUAGAGCUAUUUCGCGUAUUUUCACUUUCCAGUGAAUUCAAACAUAUCAAUGUUAGGGAUGAAGAAAAGAUAGAACUGCAUAAGCUAAUGGAACGCGUUCCUAUACCCAUCAAGGAAAAUAUGGAGGAACCUAGCGCGAAAGUUAAUGUAUUACUCCAGGCAUAUAUAUCUCAGCUGAAACUCGAAGGAUUCGCUUUAAUGUCAGAUAUGGUGUAUGUAACCCAAUCGGCCUCUCGGCUAAUGCGUGCAAUUUACGAAAUCGUACUAUUUCGAGGUUGGGCUCAAUUGGCUGAUAAAUGUUUAUCACUUUGCAAAAUGGUAGAUCGCAGAAUGUGGCAAUCAAUGUCACCACUGCGUCAAUUUCGCAAAAUGCCAGAAGAAAUUAUUAAAAAAAUAGAAAAGAAAAACUUCCCUUGGGAAAGAUUGUAUGACCUGGGACCUAAUGAAAUUGGCGAACUUAUACGCAUACCAAAGUUAGGAAAAACUAUUCAUAAGUAUAUUCAUCAAUUUCCGAAACUUGAACUCUCAACACAUAUACAGCCAAUCACUAGAUCAACUCUUAGAGUUGAACUCACAAUAACACCAGAUUUCAUGUGGGAUGAUAAAGCUCAUGGUGCAUCUGAGGCUUUUUGGAUCCUCGUUGAAGAUGUUGAUUCAGAAGUUAUUCUGCAUCACGAAUUUUUCCUCUUAAAGGCUAAGUAUGCAAAUGACGAACAUUUAAUUAAAUUUUUUGUGCCGGUAUUUGAACCCCUACCACCUCAAUACUUUUUACGGGUAGUAUCAGACAGAUGGAUAGGAGCUGAGACACAGUUACCUGUUAGUUUUAGACAUUUAAUACUACCAGAAAAAAAUCUACCGCCAACAGAGUUAUUGGAUUUACAGCCACUACCUAUCACUGCCCUUCGAAAUUCGAUCUUUGAAAAUUUAUAUAUUGACAAAUUCCCACAGUUUAAUCCUAUACAAACUCAGGUAUUCAACGCAGUUUAUAAUUCAGAUGAUAAUAUAUUUGUGGGUGCACCUAGUGGAUCCGGUAAAACAACUAUUGCAGAAUUUGCAAUAUUACGUCUUAUAUCUCAAAAUUCAGAAGGUCGAUGUGUAUAUAUGGUGAGCAAGGAAGCACUUGCUGAACUUAUAUAUAAAGAUUGGAUAUUUAAAUUUGGUAAAAGUUUAAAAAAAGUUGUAUUACUAACUGGUGAAACUGGUACAGAUCUUAAAUUGCUUGCUAAAGGACAGAUAAUUAUUACAACAGCGGAUAAAUGGGAUGUAUUAUCGCGUAGAUGGAAACAGCGUAAAAACGUUCAAAAUAUUCAUUUAUUUAUCGUUGAUGAGCUACAACUUCUAGGGGGAGAAGAUGGCCCUGUUUUGGAAGUGGCUUGUUCCAGAGCUAGGUAUAUAUCAUCUCAACUAGACAAACCAACUCGAAUAGUCGCGCUUUCGAGUUCCCUCGCCGAUGCCAAGGAUAUAGCCCAAUGGCUGGGUGCACCAGCUGCUAGUACUUUUAAUUUUCAUCCAUCAGUUCGACCAGUACCUCUUGAGCUUCAUGUUCAGGGUAUUAAUAUUACUCACAAUGCAUCACGUCUUGCUGCUAUGGCUAAGCCCGUAUAUAACGCUAUUCUUCGUCACGCACCAAGAAAGCCUGUUAUUAUUUUUGUACCAACUCGCAAACAAGCAAGAUUAACGGCUUUUGAAAUACUAACCUUUACUGCAGCUGAAAGUAAACCUUUACAAUUCUUUCAUGCUGAAGAAGCAGAUAUCAAACCCUUUUUAGAUCGAAUAGUAGAUACAACUCUAAGAGAUACUUUAUCUCAAGGAGUAGCUUAUUUGCAUGAAGGCUUAUCUAAUAACGACAAAAAAUUAGUGGAACAGCUAUUUGAUAGUGGAGCAAUACAAAUUGCAGUCGCUACAAGAGAACUCUGUUGGAGUUUAUCCAUUUAUUCUUAUCUUGUAGUUAUUAUGGAUACACAAUGUUACAAUGGUAAAAGUCAUGCUUAUGAAGACUAUCCUAUUACUGAUGUACUUCAAAUGGUUUCCCUCGCCAAUCGUCCUCAUGAAGAUGAUGAUGCUAAAUGUGUAAUGCUUUGUCAAAGUUCUAAAAAAGACUUUUUUAAAAAGUUUUUAAAUGAACCAUUACCAGUUGAAAGUCAUCUUGAUCAUAGACUUCACGACCAUUUUAAUGCGGAGAUUGUCACUAAGACUAUUGAAAAUAAACAAGACGCCGUAGAUUACUUAACUUGGACGUUUCUUUAUCGACGACUUACUCAGAAUCCUAAUUAUUAUGGAUUACAAGGGGUAACUCACAGACAUUUAUCAGAUCAUCUGUCAGAGCUAGUGGAAAAUACUCUAAGUGAUUUAGAACAAGCUAAAUGCGUAACUGUAGAAGAUGAAAUGGAUGUAACACCGCUAAAUUUGGGCAUGAUAGCUGCAUACUAUUAUAUAAAUUAUGCAACUGUAGAGAUGUUUGAUGGCUCACUCAAUGCCAAAACAAAAAUACGCGGUUUAUUAGAAAUUAUCUCAGCUGCCGCUGAAUAUGAAUCUAUUCCAGUAAGGCAACGCGAAGAAAAUCUACUUAGAAAUUUGGCUGUAAGAUUACCGCAUGCACCGCAAGCUCAAAGGAUGGCUGAUCCACAUAUAAAAGCUCAGUUACUUCUUCAAGCGCAUCUUUCCAGAAUACAAUUAGGACCAGAAUUGCAAAAGGAUACGGAAUUAGUGCUUAACAAAAGCAUCAGAUUAAUUCAAGCAUGCGUUGAUGUUUUGAGUUCAUCAGGUUGGCUAGCACCUGCUGUCUCAGCUAUGGAAUUAGCGCAAAUGAUGACACAAGCCAUGUGGUCAAAGGAUUCCUAUUUAAAGCAGUUGCCACAUUUCACAAUUGACAUAAUUAAGAGAUGUACUGAUAAGGGUGUGGAAACCGUUUUUGAUAUUAUGGAGCUAGAAGACGAUGUACGAAAUCGAUUAUUACAACUAAAUGAAAUACAUAUGAUGGACGUCGCUAAGUUUUGUAAUCGAUAUCCGAACAUUGAAAUGGCAUAUGAUGUCCAAGAUAAAGAAAAUAUAAGGCAUGGGGAUUCAGUAAACGUAAUUGUUCAAUUAGAACGUGAAGACGAAGUAAUUGGACCAGUAGUAGCACCUUUUUUUCCACAAAAGAGAGAAGAAGGAUGGUGGGUUGUUAUUGGUGAUCCAAAAUCAAAUCAACUUUUGUCAAUUAAGAGAUUAACUCUGCAACAGAAAGCCACUGUAAAAUUGGACUUCUUGGCACCUGCACCAGGGCAACACAAUUAUACAUUAUACUUUAUGAGUGAUGCCUAUCUGGGAUGUGAUCAGGAAUACAAGUUUUCCAUUAAUGUAGGAGAAUAUGAAUCAGAUGUUAGUUCAGUUUCAGAAUCAGAUUAAAAAAGUUUCAUAAUACCAGUCUGAUAUUAAAUUGGAAAAAUAGCAAUAUAUUAUA